AUGGACUGGGGAGCUCUACAAGCCAUCUUAGGAGGUGUAAACAGACACUCCACCAGCAUUGGGAAAAUCUGGCUCACUGUCCUGUUUAUUUUCCGUGUCAUGAUUCUUGUGGUUGCAGCAGAAAAGGUCUGGGGAGACGAGCAGCAAGACUUUUCUUGUAAUACCCUACAACCUGGAUGUAAAAAUGUCUGCUAUGAUGAGCAUUUCCCACUUUCUCACAUUAGACUUUGGGCUCUCCAACUUAUCUUUGUCUCUACUCCUGCUCUGUUGGUGGCAAUGCAUGUGGCAUACAGAAAACAUAAGAAAAAACAGGAAUAUAGAGACAGAAAGAUGGAUGUCGAAGAUCUCAAAAGACAAAGGUUUCAUAUCGAGGGUCCCCUAUGGUGGACAUACACUAGUAGCAUUUUUUUCCGAAUUAUCUUUGAGGUAGCCUUCAUAUAUAUAUUUUACUACAUUUACAGAGGAUAUCAAAUGCCUCGGGUAGUGAAAUGUACUGAUUUUCCUUGCCCAAAUACAGUUGACUGUUUUAUUUCCCGACCCACUGAAAAAACUGUAUUUACUAUUUUCAUGCUUGCGGUUUCAGGCAUUUGCAUGUUCUUAAAUGUACUUGAAUUAUCUUAUUUACUAUUAAAGUUUUGCACAAAGAAGCCAAAAAAUGAAAAUUUAAUGCCUAAUCAUUAGAUGUGUAUAUUAUUGAUAUUUUAUUUUACAUUAAUUGUGAACAUAAGUCAACAAUACUUCCAGUCAUCAUGAAAAUUGUAUGGAACCUUAUUUUAACAGCCAUAUUUAUAUUGUUGGAAGAAAAGUAAAACCAAAUUUUGCUACUGAAAUUAUUCCAAAAAUGAUGCUUCUAAACAGUUAAUUUGUUUUUAAUGACUAGAUAACAUUCUAAGUGCUUUUAAAUCAAUUGGCUAAUAUCCAUCUUCUAAAUUCAUUAUUUAGUAUAUGCCCACAAUCCUCAAACACAUCUAUAAUAUGUGUCAGGAUCUUCCAAUAUUAAAUUUAUACAAAAGGCUUGGAUUUAAUUGUUAUAUUGGCUGGUUUAUUGGACUGUGAGAAUAUACUUAAUUCAGGAAUUUUGAUAUAAUCUGUUUGUUAUACAUAUUAUUGUUUGUUUAACUGUUAAGAAUAUGAAUUGCUGUUUCUAACCACUUCUCCAGUUAUUUUACUUAUAAUAAUGG